AUGGGAGGAACUUGCUGUGUCACUAGAGAAAAAAAUAACUAUCAAGGUGAAUUCAAGGAUGAUUUUCAAAUAAAUGAAGUUCAAAAAUCUUUGCUUUUUAUAACUGAGUUCUUUGACAAAAAUAGAGAGACCCAGAUAUUAGCACUUUGCUAUUCAAAAGAUUAACUUAAAAACUUCAUGGUUUGUCUCUCUCAAAUUAUGUCCUACAUUAAAACCAAGACUGGAAAGAUCUUUGUUCCUGCUUCAAUCUCCAAUAAUCCUAUGAACCCUGAAUUCGAGAUGCUGAUAUGCUUAGUACCGAUUGAAGAAUUGGUGAAAUAUAGAAUUGAUAUGGAGCUAAGUAUCGAUGAAAGUUUAGUAGCAAGGUAGUUUGUUACUAGAAAGUUUAGUUUUCAAACAAGUGAUCCUGGUAUGCGUAAGGAAUAAUUAAAGAAUGAUCUUAUGUAAUGCUUUCAAAAUGAGGGUCUAAUGAUCAUUGGAGGAGUUUAAGAACCAGGAAAGCUAAAUACUGUUAAUCUACUCUUGAUUAUCACUUAGAAGUAGAAUAUAGACCACAGAUGUCAAACCAGAAAGAUUUCGAGCAUUUACUGA